UCAUGCAGGAUCCCUGCAAUUUCACGAGCCGCCUCGGCCCAACUUCAAGUGGGGAAUUCAUUCUUUGCAACACGGUACCAUGCUUUUUGUGAGAAUCAUGGAUUGCGUUGUUGAGCUGCACUUUUUUUUGCCUGUCGACCCAUGAUGGACUUUGACAGCUACUUCCGCAGCCUCGUCGAGGUCCGUCGCGCGCUGCACGCGCAGCCAGAGGUGAGCUUCAAGGAGUUUAAGACCCAAGAAACUAUCCGCGCGUACCUCAUCAACGAGGCCAAGAUCCCCGUCGAGACCAUUCGCACCUGCGCCAACACUGGCCUGAUUGUGGACAUCGACGGUCCCGCAGACGAAGGCGCGUCGUCGCGCAAGUGUGUGGCCUUUCGCGCCGACAUGGACGCGCUGCCGAUGCAAGAGAACAAUCCGCACCUCGAAUAUCACUCGACGCAGCCGCACGCUGCGCAUAUGUGUGGGCACGAUGGGCACAUGGCAUCGCUUCUAGGCUUUGCCGUCUUGGUGAACCGGCAACGCCACUUGCUGCCACCCAACACCCGCGUUCGCCUUCUCUUCCAGCCCGCCGAGGAAGGUCACUUUGGUGCUGUCGAGAUGAUCAAGGGCGGCUGCCUCGAUGAUGUCGACGAGGUGUACGGGUACCAUAACAUGCCCGCACGCUUUGGCUCGCUCCUCGUGCAGCCGGGCCCGAUGAUGUCGCACUCGAGCCGCUUCAGUAUCCGACUUUCGGGUCCAGGCGGACACGGCUCUGCCCCCCACCAAACCACCGACCCAAUCGUUGCUGCGGGCCAUAUCAUUGUCGCGAUGCAGUCAGUUGUGAGCCGCAGCGUUGCGGCCCAGGACAGCGCGAUUCUCUCGAUCACGCAGGUGCACGGUGGCGAGGCCGACAACGUCAUCCCGUCGUCUGUCGUACUCUCCGGCACGUGUCGUGACUUCUCGCCCGCAGUCUUCGACAUCCUCCAAGCGCGCAUGCACGCGAUCGUUGCGCACACGGCCGCGGCGCACAACGUGAAGGGCGAGCUUAGCUUUCGGGAAGGCUACCCCGUUACGUUCAACACGACAGACGAGGCCAACGCUGUUCGCGACGUUGCCCAAGCUGCGCUGGGUGUUGAGAAUGUCACCUCUGCGGGGCUACCGAACCCUGCGUCCGAAGACUUUUCCUACUACCUCCAAGCACGUCCCGGCGCCUUCUUCUUCCUUGGGACAAAGGACGCGGUAGCUCCCUCAAUGAAGCAUGAGCUCACGCAUAAGUGCAACUUUAGGCGAUUGUUUGACUUCAACGAUGGGGUACUCCCCAUCGCGGCACGUAUCUUUCUGGGCAUCGUGCACCAUCGCCUUGGUUGCUCGCUGUACUCGGACGCGGACCUGGCCGCCAUUCUGAAGUCGCUGCAUACCAUUGAGCGCAAGCCAGAGCAUGGCGACGAGCUCUUUGACGACACCGGGAAAGGCCAGCUGAGCUACUACCUCCCGACAACUGAGACGCCGCCUCCGUCACUCCACAGCCUGCGCAAGCCCAAUCAAUGCCGCUUCGAAGGCGGCUGCUCCAAGUAUGCCCAAGCAGGUGGCAUGUGCAUCGCCCAUGGCGGUGGCCGGCUCUGCACCGUCGCCACGUGCCCACAGUUUGAUAUGCGCACAUGUAAAAAACAUGGCGGAACGAAAAAGUGCAUGCUGCCCGACUGCACGAACGCUGCCGUCGGCAAAGCGCGUGUCUGCUGCAAGCAUGGCGGUGGCCGCAAGUGCCAGACGGAAGGGUGCACCAAGUACGACGCCGGCAAAGGCUUUUGCCUCGGCCAUGGCGGUGGCCGGCUCUGCAAACAGGACAACUGCCCAAAGAAGCAGUACCGCCAAGGCUUUUGCUACGAGCACACCACCAAACCCAUGUGCAAGCACGAGGCUGCCCGCGCUUGGAUCUCGGCAAAGGGUGCGCCGAACCACGAUGUCUUUUGCAAGACGCACGGAGGCGGCUACACGUGCAAGGCCGACGGGUGCACCAAGAAGGACAAAGGCGGCGGGUUCUGCAUCGCCCACGGCGGCGGCACGCGUUGCCGGUCGCCCGGGUGCAACAAGGUAAACCGCGGCGGCGGUUUUUGCAAAGCCCACGGUGGUGGCAAGAAGUGUCAAUUCACCGAAUGCGGCGAGUGGGUCCUGAACGGCGGCUUUUGCAAGGCGCAUGGCGGCGGCGCAGGCAAGCGCUGCUCGGUCAAGGGCUGCCUGAAGUUCAAUCAAGGAGGUGGCUUUUGCCUUGCCCAUGGCGGAGGUGUCAACUGCUCCGUUGACGGCUGCACAAAGAAGCAGACGCGGUUUGGGCUCUGCUGUGCGCAUGGCGGCAAGGCCCGGUGCAAGGUCCCGCAGUGCGAAAAAGCUGUCCAGACCAAAGGUCUUUGCAAGGCCCACGGAGGCGUCAAACCCUGCAGCGCCCCCGAGUGCACGAGGCAGGCCAAGAGCCGGGGCUUCUGUAUCAACCAUGGUGGCGGCCAGCAGUGCAAAGCGGCCGAGUGUCAAAAGACUCAGCGGGGUGGUGGCUUUUGCAAGGCUCACGGCGGUGGCCAAAAAUGCAGUCACGUCGCGUGCACCAACUGGGCGAUCAACGGCGGUCAGUGCGACGACCAUCCGGCGGUACUGCCAAUGACGCCGUCGGGGGGACUGCUCAUUCCACGCACCAACGCGGCAUCUGCACCGGUACUGGCAACUGCGCCGUUCCCAGCUUUCCAGAACGUCAUCCACCCGGCGCUCGUUCAGUACUCGACGGCCAUUUCGAUUCUAAAUCCAGCCGAAACACCGGCGGCAUCGGCCAAUACGCUGACCAAUCUUCUCGACACGAUGCAGCUACCCCCGUAUAUGUACCACCCGCUGCCGUCGUUGCGGUCAUCCGACGCCCUCCUCUUCAGCGACGCCACAACGCCCGAAAAAGAGGCGCCCCGCCCCACGAGCGCAAACCGACUUCAGCACCAGCUCAAUCCGAUGGCGGACGACGACGACGAUCCGCACGAGUCGCGGCUCAACCAAGACGCCGCCGUUGCCAUGACAUCCUUGUGGUAGGACGCUUGCAUUCGCGCAUUAGAUGGUGUACGGGAUGGCAGAAAAAGCUCAAACAGUGUAUGCGUGUUUGAACGAUUGAUUCGAGU